CGCUGCCCAAAGAGAAGAUGUGAUCGACGGAGUGGGCGGGGUCCGGCUUGCUAUCCCCCUCCCGGAGGCUGGAGAGGAAGGAGUGCUUGGAUGUCUGUUGCACGUGAGCUAAAAUGGCUUCGAGGGGAACAAUUGAGACCAGCAAGUUGAAGCAGAACUUGGAAGAGCAGCUGGACCGGCUGAUGCAGCAGCUGCAGGAUCUGGAGGAGUGCAGAGAUGAGCUGGAUGCCGGCGAGUAUGAAGAAACCAAGAAGGAAACACUUGAGCAGCUGAGCGAGUUCAACGAUUCCUUGAAAAAAAUUAUAUCUGGCAAUAUGACCUUGGUAGAUGAGCUUGGUGGGAUGCAGCUGGCUAUACAAGCAGCCAUCAGCCAGGCUUUUAAAACUCCAGAAGUCAUCAGGAUGUUUGCCAAAAAACAGCCUGGGCAGCUGCGGACAAGACUGGCCGAGAUGGACAGAGAUCUGAUUGUGGGAAAACUGGGACGGGACCUCUACACGCAGCAGAAGGUAGAAAUCCUCACUGCCCUCCGGAAGCUGGGAGAAAAGUUGACUCCCAGUGAUGAAACUUUCCUUUCAACAAAUGCAGGAGCUGCUCUCAGCCAGUUUGAGAAGGUCUCAACUGAUCUCGGAUCUGGGGAUAAAGUCUUCGCUCUGGCAAGUUUUGAGGUAGAAAAAUCAAAGCAAUGAAGACUCUUUUUUUGAAACUAGUUGUAUUGGACACUUCUUUUUUAACCAUGUGUUGUAUCUGUGUGUUUCUUACAAACGUUUUGUAAUAUUUGUUAUUCUAACAGUGAGUUAAUCUGAAGCAAACGGUCCUAAAGGCAACCUUUUCGAAGUCAGCAGCACACAUUUUGAGGCUGAAACACUACUUCCUGAACGAACAAAAACACUCUAUCCUAAUUUGCUGUUACUGUCAGCCUUUGACCAGAUAUGAGAGAUUGGCUGCCUUCCCUUCUAUGUCUUUGAGAUGCACAUUGUCUAGUAAAGUUUUUGCACUCAGUGAGAGAAAGCCUCUCUUUUUAACAGCCAUUCAAUCUCAACAGCUGCAUAUGUUUAACUGCUUGCACAAAUAUGGUCAAAUUUAUUUAACUGAUCCACUUUUUUAAAAAAUCUGGGAAUGGGGGGUUGUGGAACGUAGCAGCACUUGGUGGAAAUCAUGCCUCUCUAAAAUCCAAGAUUGCCUGCAAGCAGCCUAUUCUUCUGCCCUGUCAGCUUCCCUUUUGAGGUGACUGGGUACUGUUGUACUGCAAAGACGCCCACUGACAAACAAUAGUGCCCCUGUAAGGAAUUUUCUGGGCCAAUUUAACUUUGUGUAUGGGAAUGACAGCGAGCACAGUUGGAAGCAGCACAAAGACGCUGAGCCUCUGGCCUCCUUUGGCAGCUUAUAGUGUUACAGACUAUAAGCUAUUGUUCUUACUAUAUGUUCUGUUGGCAGCAUGAAACAGUGUCUUAAAUAGAAAUAAGGGGACACAGGAAGCCUUCCUUGUAUGAUUGGCCUGUUCUGUUCCUGAAUGGAGAUUGCUAUGUGCUGCCCCUGUUAGCUCAGGGGCGCGCUGGGAUCUUCCUAGGUUAAUCCUUACUCAAGCUGUUGAUUUUGGUAUGAAGAUUUUAGCUUGAAGUAAAUAACAUUAUGAAUAUGCUACAUUUUCAAUACUGCUUGCCUUGAACCUCGGAAAAUGAGUUGAUUUUAUUUUUUUGCUUCAGCAUUUGAAAAUUUUGCAAGUGUUGCUUGAAGCAGCUAUAAAUAAGGCAUAAGGAGUCUCAGUGUAGGCACUGGGCAUUCUAAUCCCCUUUUUAAAACCUCUCAAUAAGCCAUCUAAACUAAGCAAUUUCCAAAAACUGUUAAAAAUAAUUGUCUAAUUGGACCUCUUAAUAUUGAAUGAGUUAUAUGCUAGCGUGAUAGUCUAGGAAAAAUAGGAACCCUGGCUCUUUCUGGAUUUCUGAAUGUACAGAAAAUGUCCGUGGCUGAAAACUGGUUAGAAGGAACUGUACUUUAUAACCAGUUUUCUGUCCUUUCCUCUACUACUCCGUUUCCCCCCUGCCUUCCUUGAUGAAAUGCUUCUCAUCUGUUUCACUCUUUGCUGUCCUUGCACUUUGCUAUAACCUGGUCGUUCUCAUAAAAUUCUGGUUUUAGCCCCAAUCAAUGGAAUUCCUAGCUCUGAAGUGGUUCAUUUGCUUUGUUUACUUCUACUAGCCUCUUUUCCUUUUUUUUCAAUGUUUAUGUAUAAUUCUUGGUGUUACAGUAAAAUGUAAAAUGAGAUUGUCUGACCUAGUGAUAAAACAUGAAUCAUAAUAUUAAAUGUUAGAAUGCCACCUUUUAAUUGAGGUUU